AAGAGGGACAGCAUUCCCUAUUGAUUUAUCCACAGCAGCAGCGGCGGCGGCAGAAGCAGUGCACCAUCAUCGUCCAGUCCAGCGCGGCGCAGCGCGGCGCCCAACCAGAACAGAACGACGAAGCGGAGCCAGCCAGCCAGCCAACCAACUAACCAACGGACGGAAGAGGCGAGGCAAGGCCGCCGCGAAGCCGUGCCAAUCCGGCCGCAACCCGCUUUCUCCUCUCCUGCCUCCUCGGGAUCUGCCCGCCAGCCUUGUGUGAUCUCGACUCCCCGCGCCCGCGAUUGGAGCUCCGGCUGCACGCCGCCAUGAACCCCUGCGCGUAGAGGCCGGGAGGGAGGGAGCGGGGAACGAAGUUAAGCUAAGUGGGGGGAGGCCAGAGCAGGGUCGCUGUUACGCCGGCGAGAUGGACGGGAGCGCCGGCUCCUUCGUCGCCGUGCGCCGGCUCUCCGGCUCCGACCGCGCCGCCGCCUUCCACCACUCCUCUUCGGGUGCCUCGCCUCACCUCGCCUCCCGAUUUGGAUAUUUCCUCGUUUGUUUUGCUUGUAUAUAUGGCGACUGCUGUUGCUCGCUCCCGCCACGGGGUGAUGCUUAUGGUCUGUGCUGUCCGUACGCUGUUGCUGCAGCGGAGGUCGUGACGGGAUCAAGCGCAUGGAUCGGGAGGGGGCUCUCAUGCGUCUGCGCGCAGAGGAGGGACAGCGAUGCGCGCCUCUCCUUCGAUUUGACGCCUGUGCAGGAAGAAUGCCUACAGAGGUUACAAAACCGGAUAGAAGUUCAGUAUGACAGUGCAAACAGAGAGCAUCAGGAAGCACUACAGGCCCUUUGGUGUGCUUCUUUUCCUGGCACCGAGCUUCGGGGGCUAAUAUCAGAACAAUGGAAGGAGAUGGGUUGGCAAGGGAAAGACCCAUCUACAGACUUUAGAGGUGGAGGCUUCAUCUCCUUGGAGAAUCUAUUGUACUUUUCUAGGAACUAUCCAAAAUCUUUCCAGGAACUUCUUCGCAAGCAGAAUGGUGACCGUGCAAUCUGGGAGUAUCCAUUUGCUGUAGCUGGUGUAAAUAUAACCUUCAUGCUCAUUCAGAUGCUUGAUCUCCAAGCAGUUAAACCGAGGUCAUUGUUUGGAGCAGUUUUCCUAAAGCUUCUUUCAGAAAACGAUCGAGCUUUUGACAUUCUCUACUGCAUAACCUUCAAGCUGAUGGACCAGCAAUGGCUUGACAUGCAUGCUACUUACAUGGACUUUAACACGGUCAUGAAGUCUACACGGCGUCAGCUAGAAAGGGAGCUGUUGAUUGAAGAUAUUCAGAGGAUUGAGGACAUGCCAUCAUACAGGCUUCUGGGCCGGUAGCUAGAAGAAACUGAAAUCUUAACAUGGCUACAUGUUGCAAGGCUUGAGAUGCUAAUGGAUUGCAACUUGUGUCCACAGCCGGUGACAGUCUUGAAAUGUAGAUGCAUAUGUAUCCUUGUGUGUUAGGUACUUGUGGUCUCUGGUAAUCUGAUCUCUGAAAUUUACAAGGUAGGGUUUUUCCUGGUGAUAGAAUGCCACGUAGGGUGACUGAAGUGUCUGAUCAGCUGCCAUGGCAAAAGUUUGUAGGGUGUGUUAUUACAAUCUGGUCGUUGUCCAUCAUACCACGAAAAGAAGUGUUCCUAGGGUUGUCGUUGUAAACAGGAGGAUUUGGGAAAGAUGAUCUGAGUUGUCUCCCAUAUAUAAGAGGCUAGUUCUUUAAGUGCGCACUGCGCAGCAACUAUAUGUCGUUCAUUGGUUUUUCUAA